AUGUUGCUUGUGAUUUGGUCAGUGGUCAUAUUGGCCGCUGUGGCGCUCUACUUCCGUCAGUUGUACACCAGGUUCAGCAGAUAUGGAGUUAAGCAGUUCAAGCCGAUACCGAUUGUUGGUAAUAUGGCUCGCAUUACGCUACGUCUGAGUCAUUUCUCUGAUGACACGCAAAGGCUUUAUAAUGCCUUUACUGAAGAGAGGUUCGUAGGAAGGUUUGAAUUCCUAAACCCUAUGGUGAUGAUCAGAGACAUAGAACUGAUAAAGAAGAUAACGGUGAAGGAUUUCGAAUACUUUCUAGACCAUCGCUCCUUUGUUAACGAGAAUAUUGAUCCUUUCUUUGGGCGGAAUCUGUUCUCAUUGAAAGGAGAUGAAUGGAAAGAUAUGCGAUCGACAUUAAGCCCUGCAUUCACGAGCUCUAAGAUGCGUUCAAUGGUUCCAUUUAUGGUUGAAGUUGGAGAACAAAUGAUAAAAUCACUUAAAACAGAGAUUCAGAGUUCGUCAGGUGAAUAUAUUAACGUAGAGGGUAAGGAUCUGACGACGAGAUAUGCAAACGAUGUUAUCGCUUCCUGUGCCUUUGGACUGAAAGUGGACUCACAUUGUGAUAAAAGCAACAUAUUCUAUAAGAUGGGUAAAAUUGCUGCAACCUUCAAUUUCAAGCAGUUGCUAAAAGUUUUCGCGAUGACUUCUUGUCCUGCUGUUACUAACAUCCUACGUCUCUCUUUGUUCGAAAAAUCAGCAAAAGAUUUUUUCUGGAACUUGGUGAUGAAUACAAUGAAUGAACGUGAAGCUAUGCAGAUUGUCAGGCCUGACAUGAUUCAUCUUCUGAUGGAGGCUAAGAAAGGUCGAUUAACUCACGAAGACAAAAGUGCUAUCGAUACUGACGCUGGAUUCGCAACUGUCGAAGAAUCUUCUGUGGGAAAGAAGAAUAUAGAUCGUGUGUGGACUGACAACGACAUAGUGGCUCAAGCAGUGCUGUUCUUUAUUGCUGGUUUUGACACUAUUUCUUCUGCUAUGUCGUUCGCGCUUCACGAAAUAGCUGUGCACCCUGACGUUCAGCAGCGUCUAUAUGAAGAAAUCAAGGAACACAACGAAAGUAACCGUGGAUCUUUAAAUUACAAUUCCAUACAGAGUCUGAAGUAUUUGGACAUGGUUGUGUCAGAGGUGCUUCGAAAAUGGCCUCCGGGCGUUGCAUUGGAUAGACUUUGUACCAAAGAUUAUAACUUAGGAAAACCAAACAAACAAGCAACACAAGAUUACAUAGUUCGAAAAGGUGAAUCGGUUAUGAUUCCCGUGUGGGCGAUCCACCACGAUCCCCAAUACUACCCAGACCCAGAGAAAUUCGAUCCGGAGCGAUUCUCCGAAGAGAAUAAACACCUUAUCAAACCAUUUACCUACGUUCCUUUCGGUCUUGGCCCUAGGAAUUGUAUAGGUUCUAGGUUUGCGUUAUGCGAGGUUAAGGUAAUGCUGUAUCAGCUUCUUUUGCACAUGGAGUUGUCUCCGUGCGAAAAGACUUGCAUACCAGCGAAACUAUCUACCGGUACUUUCAACGUUACCAUGAAAGGCGGACACUGGUUCAAAAUGCGAUGCAGAAAACAGUAG